AAGGAUUGGGAUUUUCGAGAUUUUCGUUCGUCUUUCUGGGAAAAUUUAGCCGUAAUAUCGUAAAAAUGUCUGAUAGUGACGAUGUUCCGGUUAAGAUUGAGUUCAAAAAGAAGUCCAGGAAACCUCUUCGUCAGCGCAAGCCCUCCAAAAGCGAGGAGGAAGAUGAACCGUCCGAACAAGACACGGAUCAAGAAGUUCUGGCCAAACUAGAGGAGACAAAAGAACGGCAAAAGCUACGGAAUCGACGGAAUGGGGUCAAUAUUCUGAGCCUCGCAGUAGGAAAGAAAGUGACGAUUGAGGAAGAGAUUACUGUGAAAGACCCAUUCAACAUUAAAACCGGCGGCAUGGUGAAUAUGCAAGCGCUGAAAGCAGGAAAACUGAAAACGGCCGUUGAGGAUCCGUACGAUACAGGAAUAGGUACGCAGUUCUCAGCCGAGACGAACAAGCGCGAUGAAGACGAGGAAAUGAUGAAGUAUAUUGAAGAAGAACUCAGUAAACGAAAAGGUAUUGCCCAGCAACAGGAUAAACCGAUCGAUGGCGAAUCGUCCACGAAAUACCUGAGCCCGGAGGAAGCGGCCCUGCUUUCCCUUCCUGCUCACCUCAGCCAAACCUCCUCCUUGCGCUCGGAGGAAAUGCUUUCCAAUCAAAUGCUCAGCGGUAUACCGGAGAUUGAUCUGGGUAUCGAAGCAAAAAUCAAAAACAUUGAAGCCACAGAGGAAGCCAAGCUGAAGUACAUGCAAGAGCAACAGCGGAAGAAGAAUUUGCCAUCCCACUUUGUUCCCUCGAACAUGGCCGUCAAUUUUAUGCAGCACAAUCGCUAUCGAAUCGACAAUCCUGCACCCCCGAAGCGGCGCUAUCAGGACGACCAUCAUCGGGGUGGACAGCGUGGUGACCAGCGCAACGAUGAUCGGAUUCCAAAGAAAGCCACGGAUGAUUAUCAUUUCGACAAGUUUAAAAAGCAGUACCGAAGGCAUUAGCCCAGUUUUUUUUGGUCUAUGAUUUAAGGGGACUAUUUUAGUUGAAUACAUUUAUUAUUAACUAAACAUAAUUUACGUCUGCAGGGAUCCCUUUGUGUACCAGCAUUGAAGUCUUUCUUUGCUUCCGAGCAAUUGAGCAAUUGAGCGAGAACAGCAUUUUCUUUUGUUUUAUAUGUUUAUUGUAUUUUUUUUGAGGUGGAAUAUGUCAAUGUUUUAAAUCCGAAGAAAGUGUAAACAUUUCGAUAUUAAUUCGAACACCAACCAGACUUCCAUACACACCAUAUGUUGCUGUAGGGUACAUCAAGAAAGCCACGUAUUUGGACAAGAAACGACUCAGAUCUACAUCCUCAAACACGCCUAGUAGCUGCUUCCUUGUUGACAGUGUUUUAUAUAAAACGAAUCUGAAGCAAGGCAUGCGAGUGCAUGCAGGAUCUGUUUCGAUUGGCCGAUUGGAACUAGGAAACAUUGAUGUUCUUAUGUUACCUUUUAAAAACAGGUAUUUUUCGUUUUUAACGUCCUUUUGUUCAUUUUACACACCGUAAUACAUCUUAGCUUUAGUUGUCUAGCGUACGUACAUCAACUUAAUAAACUAACUAUCACACUUCUUUCUCUUCCCCACUUGACCAUCUCGACCAUUGUUUUACCUACACAGAACGGAGGGCCUCACAGUUGGAAAACGGUACUCACUAGUUCUCCCCAGCAUCCCAACGAAGUUAAAGCAAUUUAAACUAAACAUACUCUGAGAAUUCCAACCUUACACGCUUAUCCUUUCGUUACUAAGUCCU